AUCCAUUUGUUUCUCCAUCUAUCAUUUUCCUUUUCUGGGGUAAGUGCGUACCCCAUCACAAACUCCCUGCCAAAUCUCCACAUCCGUCAUCCCAAAACGUGGCCGGAACAACAAUUUCCCGACCCACCAAUAAUUCCUCGCUUCUCCCUGCUUCCACAGCUCUCCCCAACCACACAACCGCAGCUCCCUUCCAACUCGAGACUGAAGCAACGCACGCAGCGCUGCCACCUUCGAACCACGCAAUUGAGGUUUCGUGACGGGAGACGAAAUGGCUGCUGUAAUCCAAGGUUUCUUUGGAGGGUCGAAGAAGGACGAGCAUAAGGUCGUUGCGGAUAAUGACUUCGCCGACUUCGCCUCCGCCCCCGAACCCACCCCCUCCUCCUUCGUCCACCCCGCCGGCACCACCCCCCUCGCCGCCUCCUCCACCCCAGCCGUCCCUUACACAAAAUGGUACAACAUCCACGAGCGACACUCCCUCUCCGAGUUCCGCGGCGAAGGCUACAUCCUCCUCCUCCUCCUCGCCCUCGGUACAAUCCACAUCCUCGGCACGCGCGCGAACCGUCGCCGCGCUCGCGCUUGGGCGUCUGCACACGCUCCCGUGCUGCAUAAUGAGUUCGCUUUAGUCGGAUUCGCGCCGCCGCAGCCGAGUGCGGCAGAUGCGGAGGGAGAGGGACUCGCGAGGGCACUUGCGAAGGCGGAUAAGGAUGGGGAGGUGCUGAAGGAGGUGGGAUUGAGUAACUUCCUCGGGUACGCGACGGGACGCCUUAAUGUUGCGUUUUUGGACAUCGAGAUCGACCUUCUCAAGCGCUACAACCCCGUCCUCCAAUUCAUCGAGAAUGCAGCUGGUUUCUUCUUCGACUCCAUGCCCGCGCCCGUCGAGCGGGUCUCAGCGAUCCUCUACCCCUUCGAUGGGAAAGAGGCGUUGACCGUCCUCGGACUCCCUGGUAUGGCGGAGCUCAAGGGCGGGAAGAGCGGGUAUGAUAAUUUCGUCUGGGCGGUUGUGCAUAAAGAGCGUAUGCGCCAACUCCGCGAUGAGAGAUACGAUGUUAGUAUCACCGUCACCAAGGACCACCCCCGUCUCCCCGAGUGGGCGACUGUCAUGUCCGAGAGCGCCGAGAUUACCGAGGCGAUGCUGACACCCGCGCUUGUGGCUGCGGUUGAGAAAGCUGGGGAGGCGUUCGAGCACUUGAUCAUCACGGACCAGCCCAUCAGCCAGCCCCUCAGCGUUGACGAGACCGCGUCAAAGAAGCGGGUCUACCUAUCCCUCCGUCUGCCGGCUUCGGGCGAUUACACCGCGACGCUGCCGAUCUUCACGUAUUUCGUGCAGCUUGGCGAUUUCCUAGUCGAGAAGGCGCAUUUCCGCCCGGAGGUUCUGAAGAAGGUGCGCAGGGGGAGAGAGGAUGUGGUGAAGCGCCUGGUGAAGGCGGAUAUGGAUGGGAAGGCGGAGGAGAGGGCGCUGGAGAGGGAGAAGGCGAAGAAGGCGAAGAGGGAUAGGGAGUUGGCGGGGUUGGAUGCGAAGGCGCAGAAGAAGUAUUUGGAGAAGGAGAAGGAGAGGGAGAUGAAGAGGAGUAUGAAGAGGGGGGGGCAGAAGGGGUAGGGUGGGAUGGGAUGUGUAC